AGUGAGACGUUCUUGAGAUUUGAUUCUGUAGCUCCGGCUUUAUUAGCAUUAUUUGGUGCUAAUGCACUAAAGGAUGAUGCCCAAAGAGCAGCACUGCGUGAAACCACGUCUUCAGAAGCGCUGUGUUUUUUUAAAGGACUAUUUCUUUCACCGCUCUUUAUGUGUCAGAUAAUUGCACCCAUGCAGCAGUAUGAGUACAGAUGCUUAAACACGUGUGAAUAGGACAAAAAGGUGUUAGUGAGUUUAAACUUGGGCUUUUUUCCGUUGUUAUUACUAACAUUAAUAACACUGGCACUGAACCUUCGACGAUUAAAGAACAGAGCGAGCGAAAAGUCUGUGUAUUUUUUUCAGUCAAGCAGGCUAAACAGGCGGGCUGCUGAUCCGCUCGUCCCCCUGUUUGUUUUGUCUGUGAGUGAAGCGGCGGGAUUAUAAACUGAGGGCGCCGCGGAGGGGUUUGCCUGAGCAGAUGCCUUUGUCGUCCGCGCUGUCAUUUUGCUCGCCGUCACUCGGCUGAUGCUGCUGCUGCUGGAUCUAAUUUCAUAGUCGAGCACUGGUCGUGACGAGACGCACGGUGUUAACGGCGUGUGGCGCGAGGCGAUAGCGAGUCUCUCUCUCUCUUUCUUUCUUUCUCCCCCCCCUCCGCCACCGGUCCGACUGUGUUCCGCUGAUUGGUGUUUUCCUCGUUUUCCCCUCUUUUCUUGUGAGGGCGAAGCUGGAUUUGUUACUUCUAACAAAAGCGAACCGCCCUCAAAGCGAGAGAGAGAGAGAGAGAGAGGGAGAGAGAGCGAGCGAGAGAGAGAGAGAGAGAGCGAGCACGCGGCUGCUCACUUUACGGAGACCGAGGGGAAAAGCCUUGGCUCUCUCCUCCUCUUGUUGAAUGGUGUGUGGUGGUGUUUUUUGGGGAGCUGAAGCGAGUCGACCAAUGCAGAAAAGGGAGAAAAGUUUCGGUAUACAAAUGCUCUCCGUCCAGCCGGACACGAAGCCAAAAGGCUGUGCCGGCUGCAACCGGAAGAUCAAGGACCGCUACCUGCUGAAGGCCCUGGACAAGUACUGGCACGAGGACUGCCUCAAGUGUGCCUGCUGUGACUGUCGCCUGGGCGAGGUGGGCUCCACGCUCUACACCAAAGCCAACCUCAUCCUGUGCCGGCGGGACUACCUCCGGUUGUUCGGCGUGACGGGGAACUGUGCAGCUUGCAGCAAGCUCAUCCCAGCUUUCGAGAUGGUCAUGAGGGCCAAGGAGAACGUCUAUCACCUCGACUGCUUUGCCUGCCAGCUCUGUAACCAGAGGUUUUGCGUCGGCGACAAAUUCUUCCUGAAGAACAACAUGAUCCUGUGUCAGACGGACUACGAGGAAGGUCUGAUGAAGGAAGGCUAUGCCCCGCAGGUCCGCUGACCCCUGCAUGACCCUUUUCGCCUGCAGGGGGAGAGAGAGCUGAGAGAGGACCCAAAAGAGGACAUGCAAUCAAACACCAAAAGCACUAGCAUCCUCUCCAGCCCUUGUCCUUGAUAAUGUACAUAAGAUAGCCCAGUUAUGGGGCACUGCUGUACAGAAUAGCCAUAGAGACUUUUUGUGAGUGGGAAAGGCGGGGUUUUCUUACGCCCCGCCCACCAAGAGCAAAGUGACGGUGGUCAUGGACAUUGCUGUGGUUCUUUUGAAAACGACCCUGCCUCUCCCCUGCCCCACAUGGCCUUAUGGAGACAUUUGACCCCUUGGCCUGGCACCUCAGCUACACAUACAAACACACACUGUCUCUCUCUCUAUCACACACACACACACACAAACACACACACACAUACACACAUACACAUACAUCUAACCCUGCAAAACGCAGCCACUCUCCAAGACCCCUCUCCAAAUCACAGUGACCCCCAUUUCACUCCCUUCACAGGCCGAGGACCACAGAGAAGGGAAAAAAAUGAGAAAACAAUCAAGGAAUUGAUUGGUGAAAAGGCACAAGUGUGGUAUGGCUGUGAGAGAGGGAGCUGUGUCAACAUAAGAUCUCAGGUUGAGUGGGUUUCCUUAUUUCUCUUUUCUAUUACUUUUCUUCUCUUUUCCCUUUGUGAGAAAAAAAGCGAUAGGCAGUCAUCCUUAGCCCCGUCCAGCUGAGCACUAUUCAGCUCUCCUUUGACUUACCCCCCAUUGACUCUUUCUUAUGGAUUCAGCAGAUCCGCCUAAAAUGACUACACUUAAUGAUGCAAUUUCAUUAGUAAGAUUAUACCAUGUUCUGGGAAAAAACACCUGCUUUGUAUCUAAAUUCGGCCUUCAGAAAUGACUCAGAAUACAUGGAGGCAGUUUGAUGAUGGAGAACAUACACUAGACAAUUGUCAGGACACCGGGUGGGAUUUGGCACAAAGUGAAUUUGUGAGGUGGGGUGGGCAGGGGGGUGGGUCUGAUUUACUUCUUUUAUACACUGUAUUUAUUUGAUAGUUUUUUUUUCUUUUUGUCAUUGUGCAUCGUACUGAGGCUUUGUCCUUGGCAUGUUUAUACUUGAAUUCAAUCACUGUCUAGUUGCUGAACCUCACAAGUGUUGCCUCAUUAGCUGCACGCCGGCAAACACUUGUGCUAACUUGAAGACCACGUUGGGUCACACAAGCUAGAAGUGUUCAUGUAUCUUCUGAACUCUUGGCUUUGAGGGUUUUUCCCCCUUUGGCCAGGUGUUUGGCUGUAGGCUCAGAGCAACCAGCUAAGUGCAAGUUAACACUGCUGUACCAAGCUUAAGCAGCAUCCCUUUGACAGACUUCAGUUAAACUGAGGGUAAAGCCGAGAUAAAACGACAAAAUGAUUUGUAAAUGGUUGUUGUACAUAUUUGGAAAAAAAAAAUAUUCCUUUUUGCUUGCUAUUAUAUAUUGAUUUUCUUUUUAUGUGUCACUCAGCAUGAGAUGUUUAUUUUUAGGACACGUGUACAUACUGUAUUGUAAUCAUUUUAAUCACAAAUGUAAUACAGUUUUAUUGUGUUAA